AUGAGUCUUCUAGUCGUGACGCUGUUGGCGAGCGGUUUUUGGGCUACAAGCGCAGGCUCUACACUCAGUCCCGAUAACACGUAUGUGUGCAACACCUGUCACGAUCCACAGUAUUGGGAUGAGACUACAAAUGGCAAACUGCACUUUUACGCUAAGCCAAGCCAGAUCUUUGACAUGAACAAAAAGAACAUCUCGCAAUGCCCGGAUCUCCGCACGCAAACCACUGGCUCGAGACAUCGAUGCCUCCAAGCCUGCACCUAUGCCAUUCGGGCCCCAAGCAAUUACGAUCCGAAGAAUGCUCCCGAUACUCCAAAACACGUGGCCCUUUCUUGUGGUGAUCUGUACAAGGAUUUCAAUGGCCACGAGUUCAAGAGGGAUCCGUGCAGCUUGAAGAAAUAUCCCGAUGGGAAAACGGAGUUGAUGUGCCGAUGCACGCAAACGAAUUGCAAUCGGAAGAUCGCACAGUGGGCACAUCGUUUGACCGAAGAGUGGAAUGCCCGAAACAAGUCUUCUUCUCUGCCAGAUGAUUUCCUCAUUUUUCUCUUCGAUCGACAGGACUCUCUCCACACCGAGGUCACUUCCCAAUCCAAUUCUUUCACUCAUCCUUUUACUCUUUCUACAUCAUCAGCUUCUUCUUCCACUCCCCUUCCAUCCACUUUGAUUACGGAUCUCUCAAUCACUCCAGAUCCGCUUUUUAUGCCCGUAGUAAUGAAUUCGACCGAGACACCGGCUCAAGGAAGACUUAAGAAGAACCAAUAUCUCCUUAUGGGCGUCAUCUUCAGCUUGUUGGCCUUUUGUUUCAUUUUGAUUCUCUGCGUGGCUUUGUAUCGCUACCGUACAGCUUCCGCCAACUACAAGCUGAAAGAGAAAAGGAAGAAGGACAAUAAGAAAGGAAAGAACAACCGCUCGAAUGGCUCCACAUAUGCCCAAUUGCCGUUUAUCGAUGGGGAGAUGCCCAAUCAACACCCCGCACUCAGCAAAGAGGAAAGCGAUAAGCGAUGGAUGGCGAUGAAAGAGACUGUGGUAAAAGUGUCCGAGCAGCGGCUCCUUCAGCGUAGCACGAACGCUGUGGAUCGGUUGAUCGCGAAUCCAGUCCUCCCUUCACCAGCAGUCGGCUUUUGUGCACCAUGGCAAGGAAAGGUUUCACCGGCCGACUCAACUCAUCCAUCAUCACCCCGAAGUCCCAGAGAGAAAGCCGCUCUAUCGGAGCUCGAUCUUAUUGCAGCUGUUGAGGAUGAGGUGAGGAAAGAGCUCGGCGCUGUCGCCAACUCGUACGCGAUUCCGGAGCCCGAUGGGGAAGAAGAAAUCGUGCAACUUUCCGUCACCGAUGAUCGUCUGAAUGAACCCGACGUACACUCGUUCACAGCUUCGCAAAUCACCGAGGAAAACGAUGAUUACUACAAUGAGGGCACCUCCUCACUUCACAAGUACAAUGUGAAU